UUCUUUUCCUACUUCCAUCCUCUCCCCGCCACUGGAAGUCCUCCCGUAUCUAAAUGGAAUUAGUGGAGACCGAAGCCCCUUGUGUAAGGAACAGACAUGACCCAUGGGCGCAGCUUCUUUCACAUUGUAGCAAGUCUAAUCAUCCUACAUUUGUCUGGGGCAACCAAAAAAGGAACAGAAAAGCAAAGUGUUUCCGAAGGACAGAGACCAGUGCAGUGUGGAACUUGGACAAAAUAUGCAGAAGGAGGCAUCUUCACCUCUCCAAAUUACCCCAACAAAUAUCCUCCAGACAGAGAGUGUGUCUACAUUAUAGAAGCUGCUCCUAGACAAUGCAUUGAACUACACUUUGAUGAAAAAUAUUCCAUAGAGCCUUCUUGGGAGUGUAAAUUUGACCACAUAGAAGUACGAGAUGGACCUUUUGGCUUUUCCCCAAUCCUUGGACGUUUCUGUGGACAACAAAAUCCACCUAUGAUAAAAUCCAGUGGCAGAUUCCUGUGGAUUAAAUUUUUUGCUGAUGCUGAACUGGAAUCUAUUGGGUUUUCUGCUCGGUAUAAUUUUACACCUGAUCCAGAUUUUAAGGACCUUGGCGUUUUGAAGCCAUUGCCAGUUUGUGAGUUUGAGAUGGGAGGACCUGAAGGAAUUGUGGAGUCUGUACAAAUUGUUAAAGAAGGAAAAGCUUCUGAAACUGAAGCAGUAGACUGUAAAUGGUACAUCCGAGCACCACCCCGAUCCAAGAUCUAUUUGCGAUUUUUGGACUACGAGAUGCAGAAUUCCAACGAAUGCAAAAGGAAUUUUGUAGCAGUGUAUGACGGAAGCAGUUCGGUGGAGGAUUUGAAGGCAAAGUUUUGCAGCACAGUUGCUAAUGAUGUGAUGCUGAGGACAGGCCUGGGUGUAAUCCGCAUGUGGGCAGAUGAAGGCAGUCGAAACAGCCGAUUCCAGAUGCUCUUCACGUCUUUCCAAGAACCCCCUUGUGAAGCCAACACAUUCUUUUGCCACAGUAAUAUGUGUAUAAAUAAUACACUGGUCUGCAAUGGACUCCAGAACUGUGUGUAUCCCUGGGAUGAAAACCACUGCAAAGAAAAAAGAAAAGCAAACCUAUUGGACCAACUUACCAAUACCAGUGGGACUAUAAUUGGGGUGACGUCUUGCAUUGUGAUCAUCCUCAUUGUUAUCUCUAUUAUAGUACAGAUCAAGCAGCCUCGUAAAAAAUUUGUCCAAAGGAAAGCAGACUUUGAUCAAACAGUGUUCCAGGAGGUGUUUGAGCCUCCUCAUUAUGAGUUAUGCACCCUUAGAGGGACAGGGACUACAGCUGACCUUGCUGACGUUGCAGAUGACUUUGAAAAUUAUCAUAAACUGCGGAGAUCCUCUUCAAAAUGCAUUCAUGACCAUCACUGUGGAUCACAAGUGUCUAGUCUUAAGGGCAGCCGUAGUAACCUCAGCACAAGAGAUCCUUCUGUCUUGACAGAAAUACAACCCCAGCCUGUAAAACCACUUGUUCAGCCCAUGAACAGGAGAAACAUCCUUGUCAUGAAGCAUAGCUACUCACAAGAUGCUGCUGAUGCGUGCGAGAUAGACGAAAUCGAAGAGGUGCCAACCACAAGUCACAGGCUGUCCAGACAUGAUAAAGCUGUUCAGCGGUUCUGCCUCAUUGGGUCUCUAAGCAAACAUGAGUCUGAGUACAACACAACUAGGGUCUAAGAGAAAAGCCUGAGACUGCUUGAGAAUAGUGCGCUCCUGGGUGAUUUUGAACAUGCUACAGUGAAAUGUGAAACUAUCGUCCUUGGAAACACCAGCUAGAGGUUUUAUGGACUCUGACCAGCUAUUCUCUUAUCAUGAAAAAAUUCAGCAGUGUUGAGUAAAAUUACUAGAAGGCAAUAAGACUUUGGUUAUUAUGCUUAUCAGUCAUUUAUCUUUUUGUUUUUCUCUCUUCUUUUUGUUGCAAGUAAAAUUCCCAAUUUCAGGAACAAUUUAUUGAAAUCAGGUAUUUAGCCAUUCAUAAUCACUUCAAUAGAAACGUUUGUUGGAUAAGCAUCAAGCAAUAUGACUGAAUUUGACAUUGAGAAAUUAAUCUGCAUGUAUGUUACUGAAUAUUUGAGUUGGCAAAAAUCCCUUUAUUAGAUACAUUGUAAAAAGCAUGCAUUCACAGUUAUUGCUGUUACUGUUCCAUUUCUGUGUCAUAUGCUUGCUACUUGUAACUUUUAUAUAAAAAUACAUAAAAUAAUGUAUAAUAAUUUCG